AUGGGUUGUACAGGAACAAAAACAGGAAAACCUGACAGCAAACUGAACUCUCCUUAAAAUCGGAGUUCAAAUCACGCUGUUUAGAGUGUAAAUCUCGCUCAUGCUCCUCCAAUUUAGGAGACUGAAAAAAUUGAGGCUGAUUAUAUUUUCCAUGCUUUGGAUCCUUUAGUCACAUCAAGAAAUUAUCUAAAAAAAAUAGUUUCUAAGAGCAACAAUGCAUCUAGAAUAGCUAAAGUUUUCAAUUGUUUAACUCUCAGUGUAUCGGAGAAGUAGGAACUGGAGAGGAAUAUCAAUCAAUUGAUGCAAAUUAAACAUUUGAAUUUGAUUAGUACUUUAUCUUACUAUUAUAACGACAAUCGUUUGUAUUUGAUUUAGGAAUUUUGCGAAGGUGGAAAUCUGCUCUCUUAGUUGGAUAAGUUUAGUUAGUUACAACAAUACACAAUGAUAGAUGUGUUCUGUCAGAUAAUGGCAGGAUUACAACAUUUACACAAUUAAGGGAUGGUCCAUGGGAAUAUUCAAUUAGAUAGCAUAUUAUUCACUAACAAAUCUAUGGAGAACAUUAAGCUCAUUGACUUUGGCAUUUCAAAUUAGAUGAAAACCCUAUGUAUGUCUUGGAAACCAAGUGGUAGUAUAUAGGAGAUAUCUUUCAAACCCCCAGAGGUUUUUAAGUAAUUAACAAUGAACACUCCUUUGACUCAGAAGGCAGAUAUUUGGUCAAGUGGAUGCCUACUCUAUUUCUUCCUGACAUCACAUAUGCCAUUUUAAGGGCGAGAUACUCAAGCUGUCAAAACUGCAAUACAAAGAGGUGUGGUUAAUUUCGAUGGAUCAGAGUGGGCUAAUAUUAAUCCUGAUAUGAAACAAUUGGUCUCUAAGAUGCUGAGUUCAAAUCCUUAAUAGAGACCCACAGCAACUGAAGUCAUUAAUCAUUCGAUAUUUCAAAAUAGAACUCGCAUAGUAACCAAGCCCAAUAAAUAGCUGUCAAAACAUAUGAGGGAUUUCAAAUAAUAAUCUCAAAUGCAAAAUGCAAUGUUGAACUACAUUGCUGAAAAUAUGAUGUCCGAGUAAGACAAGAAGAAGUUGAUGGAUGAAUUCCAAAAAUUUGAUUUGAAUAAGGAUGGAUUGUUAACUAAGGAUGAACUACUCAAAGUUUAUUGUACCAUGUUUUCAUCUGAUCAAGCAGCUCAGGAGGUUGAUGCCAUCUUCGCCAAGAUUGAUCAGAAUGGCAGUGGCAGAAUAGAUUAUCAAGAAUUCAUCAUGGCCACUAUAGAUCAAAAGAAGUACUUUAAUCGAGAGAAGUUGUUGUUGCUAUUUCAACAGAUCGAUAGGGAUCACAGUGGGUAGUUGAGUAAGUUGGAAGUGAAGAAACUGUUGAGAGACAUGCAGAUUCCAAAGGAGAAAUUGGAGAAUCUAUCCAAAUAAUUAGAUUAGAAUGGGGAUGGUUAAAUUACUUAAGAGGAGUUUUUAUAGAUAAUGUUGCAAUUGUCUUGA